AUGGUUUGUGAGGUUUCUUCAUCGCAAACUGCUCCGUCGUCGGAGCUCUUCAUGGCUUCGUCUUCUUCGUCUGCCGAAUCCAACUUUCGCCAACUCGAUGAUGCAUUCCUCCAGACUCAAACCAGGAUUUGGCUGGGAGAAGUAUUGCAGAUACGACUAGAUGAGCAACUUAUUAUAUCAGAACUACUUGCUGAUGGAGAAUUGCUGUACGUUUCAAGUGUCAAAAGUGGUGUGGAAAUUGCUGUUGGCAAAGCAUAUGGAGCUAAGGCAUAUAAAAGCAUACAAAAUCCAAUUUGCAAAAUUUUGGGAUUGACAGGCGUUGACCUCUUUUCUCCAUCAGAUGUAGUUGAGAGAAGAAAUACUCGAAAAGUUCCAGAUUUUGACAUUGUGACCUGUAUGGUAACCAUGCCUAAAGAUUUAGUUGGGUGCAUGCGUAGAAGCAUAGAACUAUCGCACAGCAUCCCUGCUGAUUCCGCUGGUAGCUAUUACAUACAAAAACGUGCAAGAAGAAAAUCUAGACAGGACCCAGUUACAACCUCCACCAAAGACUAUGAGACAUAUUCAGAUCAAUCUGAGGACCCAGAAAACAAACAUCCAGUACUUCAAUUUGAUAACUUGCACACUGGUGAAUUUUAUGAUUAUACAUCAGACAUUAACUACAACAUAGCUUCUCCAAUGGUUGAACGUGUUUAUUUGCCCGAAGAUUUAGAUCAAUUGGACAUCCAAAACCAACAGAGAAAUGGAAUUUAUGAUGACUUUGAAUUGUUAUGUUCAAUGGAAUCAUUGCAAUAUCAUUGUUCUGAUGAUAUAGAGCAUGAUUGUCAGCUGACUUGGUCAUCAUCUCCUCGUAGAGGGGAUUUACAUAAUGACCUUAUUGAGAUGACAUCUCAUUUAGAUACUAAAAUGGAACAAGUCGAAGAAAGUAGGAGGAUUGUGGACUUUGCUUACUUUGAGAAUUUGUCAUUAAGUAGUAGUGGUUCUGCCAUUGUAACUCCUAAGAAUGACAAAACACCAGGUAAAAGGGAUGCUAGCUCGAUUAAAAAUGAUUGGAAAAAUCCGGAUUUGUUUCAUGAAGAAAAUAGUACACCAAAUGUAUAUCAAAGUGCGAGCUCUCAUGGUUCAAAUUCAACUCCACAGACUGCUGAAAAUGGUAAGUUCUUUGAAACUUGCGAGGACAAGGAGGUUCUGCUAGUAGCUUGCAUGAACUGUUAUUCAAGAGAAGAUCUGAACUUGGGAGAUCAAGUUCAUUCAGAGGACAAUUUUUGUAAUAUUGAGUCUUUCAAAGUGCACAAUGACGAGAAUGAUCGACGGGACAAGAUAAAAGAAGAGCAUGAAUCUCAAGGCAUCGGGAAAUAUAGGGAAAUUCCGUAUCAAAUCUUUUCCAACGCGGGAUAUUCUUACUUUGUAAAGAAGUUUGAGGAAACUGGGCCUUCAUUAUAUUCACGUGAUUGUAAUUUCUACAAUACUACUUCUCCAAAUAGAGUUGUUCCUCAUAGCAAUGGCACUAUAUCAACUUCAUUGAAAAAUUUUCUAGCAUAUGAAGAGAGAGAUUCUCAAGUUGGUUUGAAGAGUUUGGAUAAGGCUAGUUGCUGCCAAUCCGAGGAGUCACUGUCCCGUCAGUCUUAUUAUUUGCCCGAGUCUUGUAAAUGGGAUCAGAAAGGAAAAUGUGCUAUUACAUCAUCUAAAGAUAACAGAAGUUCAUCAUGUUUUGUGGAAGAUGGCUCACAUGAGGAAAUUACGCCUUGUGUACAAAAAAGUUCUGAAGUCGAGUCCGCCGUUGUUAAGUUGGACACUGAUGGUAAAGAGCUAAACAUCGAUUGUCUGACUCCGGCCUCAAAUACUGUAGCUUUAGGUGACUUUGAAAAACCUUCGACUCUUGGUGAUGAUCCUAAUGAUUUCUGCAAAGGUGACGCAGCUCAAGACAUUGGAGAUGGAGGUCAGAGAGUUCUAGAUAUGAUAAUCAAUAAUGUUGUAGUUCCUGCCAACUGUGAUGAGGUUGUAUCACUUACCGAAUCACACAUAACAAAUCUAAGCUCAAAACAUGGAUUUGAUCCUGUCUACCGUUCAGAAGACACUCGUGUGGUGCAUAUUAAAGAUGAAAUAAAUCCAGAAGAUGAGAGAGCGCAAUUCUUAGAAAAUUUAGUUGUAACAGAGGAGGGAAGUGAAGAAAUUCCAGAAGCAAAACCUCAAAAGAAGCAACUGCUAAGAUCAGUCUUGGGUGGUGCAGCUGCUGUUGGUUUGUUAUUCAUGAUUUUGCACUUAAGCCUUUCGUUUGACAGGAGGAAUGGCAAGGAAAAAGCUGCACAACCAAGUAUGGCAUCAAGUCACAUAGGCAAAGAGAAGAUUCAGAAAAAAUCUAACCCGAAAGUAAAGAGAAGUAGUACUAAAAAAGGGGUUUAUCCAGCUGAAAGGAUCAAGCUAAAGUGA